UUUGGUCACAAGGUGGUAGUAGCUACCCGUAGUUUUCAUUGAUAGACCGGAGAGCUGCUCACCAGAGACCAAAGAAGAAGCUGGAGCGCUGUCAUGGCGGCCAAGGUGGCGAUGGUGGCCGUCCCCACGGUGCUGGGAAUCGCCUCCAUCCGUGUGUACACAGAGAGUCCGGGUCCCGUGGAUGGACUGGUCACUCGUGAAAAGCUGAACGUCUACACCCCACACCCACACGGUGCUCCGGUUCACUCUGUUCCUGACAGGCCAGGUGUCAUAGAGGGCGGGGUAACUACAGCCAGAGAGAGCUUGUUGCCCGCCGCCCGGGCUGUCAAGGAGGCCUUCGUCUCGGUGAGAAAUGGAGGCGUCGACCUGUACCACACAGGAGAGGAUGUUUAUUAUUACCUGAAGGAUCCUCCUCCGGGGUUCCUGCCCAGGUUUGGAACCAUCACCAUGGCCGGACUGUUAGGCAUGUUCUUGGCCCGGAAAGGCUCUCGCUUCAAGAGGUUAGCGGUUCCUCUGGGCCUGAUGAGCGCGGGAGCUUCAGUUUGUUACCCGGCUCAGGCUGUGGCUGUGAUUAAGAUGACGAGUAGAAAGGUGUACGCCGCCGGGCAGUGGAGCAGCGCCGCGGUGUCUUCACUGCUCUCCUCACCGCCUCAGGAGGGCGCCGCCGCAGCCACAGAGACGACGAAGACGACGACGGCGACGUCACAACCACUGGAUCACAGACACUCAGCCGAGCGCUCCGACCCAGAGGGGGCAGCAGACACCUCAGUCCAAACAGAGGAGGAGGAGGAGGAGGAGGCAGCGUCUCCCCCCGCGAGUGUCGAACUCACCGCUGCCACCACAGAGGAGACGUCGUGCCUGACGAGUCCUGAACCGGCCCCCACGGAGUCCAGCAGGGUGGAAACAGAAGCCGCUCCUCCCUCAGAGCCGUCGUCUGUUCCCGCCGAAGACCACGUCAAAAACCAAACCCCAGAGGAAGUCUCAGGUGAAGGCCGUCCAGCCGAGGCCACGGACACUUCAGGACCACAGACAGCAGAGGUCGCCCAAGUACAGACUCCUGGAGACCAGUCUUCUCCUGAACCAGUAGACCAACCAGCAGAACCCGUGGAUGAACUUCCUCCGUUUGAACACACUGUCCAACCUGACCCAGCUGAACAGCUUCCUGUUGUGGACGAGGCGUCACCUUUGACCUCACCCGUCUCACCCGCUCCAGAGCUGCCUCCCGCAAAAAGCGAAGGGGGCGCUCGCUUUAAGCCAGACCCUUCCCUGUUGGAUUUUGGCCAAUCCAGCUCUGAAGACGAGGACCUUCGCCGCCGUCACCGUCAUGACUGGAAGCUGCUGUUUUUAUUUAUUGUCAUUUAG